UGUGUGGCUCUAAAGGCUUGUUGUGAUGCGUAUCCCCGUAGAUACCAGCACCAGCCGCCGCUUCACGCCGCCCUCCACCACGCUGAGCCCGGGGAAGAUGAGCGAGCCGCUGGCGCUGCCCGGCGCCGAGCACAGCGGGGCUUUGCCGGGGAAGCUGCGCAGCGCCGACCGCAGCAUGGUGGAGGUCCUGGCGGAUCACCCCGGGGAGCUGGUGCGCACCGACAGCCCCAACUUCCUCUGCUCCGUGCUGCCCACGCACUGGCGCUGCAACAAGACGCUGCCCAUCGCCUUCAAGGUGGUGGCCCUGGGGGACGUCCCCGACGGGACCCUGGUGACGGUGAUGGCCGGGAACGACGAGAAUUACUCGGCGGAGCUGCGCAACGCCACGGCGGCCAUGAAGAACCAGGUGGCGCGCUUCAACGACCUGCGCUUCGUGGGCAGGAGCGGCAGAGGGAAGAGCUUCACUCUGACGAUCACUGUCUUCACAAACCCUCCCCAAGUGGCCACGUACCACAGAGCCAUCAAGAUCACAGUGGAUGGACCUCGGGAACCCCGAAGACAUCGGCAGAAAAUAGAUGAGCAGACAAAGCCCGGCAGCUUGUCCUUUUCUGAGCGCCUGAGCGAGCUGGAGCAGUUGCGUCGCACGGCCAUGAGGGUCAGCCCACACCACCCAGCCCCCACACCCAACCCUCGAGCCUCCUUGAACCACAGCACAGCUUUUAACCCUCAGCCUCAGAGUCAGAUUCAGGACACCCGGCAGGUGCAGCCCUCGCCGCCCUGGUCCUACGACCAGUCCUACCAGUACCUGGGCUCCAUCGCCACGCCCGCCGUGCACCCGGCCACGCCCAUCUCACCUGGCCGGGCCGGCGGCAUGACCUCGCUCACGGCCGAGCUCUCCAGCCGCCUCUCAGGAGCGUCCGACCUGACGGCGUUCAGCGACCCCCGGGUGGGCAUCGACCGCUCCUUCCCGGCGCUGCCGUCCAUCUCCGACCCUCGCAUGCACUACCCGGGAGCCUUCACCUACACGCCCACGCCCGUCAGCUCCGGCAUCGGCAUCGGCAUGUCGGCCAUGUCCACGGCCACCAGAUACCACACGUACCUCCCGCCGCCCUACCCCGGCUCCUCCCAGGCUCAGGGCAGCCCCUUCCAGACCAGCUCCCCCUCCUACCACCUGUACUACGGCACCUCGGCCGGCUCCUACCAGUUCUCCAUGAUCUCCGGCGGGGACCGCUCGCCGCCGCGCAUCCACCCGCCCUGCACCAACGCCUCCACGGGCUCCGCGCUGCUCAACCCCAACCUGCCCAACCAAAGCGACGUGGUGGAGGCCGAAGGGAGCCACAGCAACUCGCCCACCAACAUGGCCAGCACGGCAAGGCUGGAGGAGGCCGUGUGGAGGCCGUACUGAGGAGGUCGGGAGGAGCUCGAGGGUCAGGACUAACGGACUUCCCAUUUCCCGGCGCCCGGAGGGAUCCCAGAAACUUCCCUGCGGGCCCUGCCGCGCUCAUCCGUGAGUUUCAGGAGCAAACCCUCCCGAAGUUGGCGCUCCCAGGGGUGGUGGCUCUCGUUGCCCAGGCCCUGGUGGAGCCGCGUCGCUCCGGCAAAGAAUUCCCGGCAGGAGAACGAGCUUCUGGAAAGGAGGACGGCCCAGCUGGUGGUGCAGAGGUAGCGAGGGUGGGUAGAAGGGUAUCCAGCCUGAUUCCAGGCCUGUGGCUUCCCGACGUGCCUGGGCUUGAAGGUCUCCACAGCCCUGAAAGAG